AUGUGUGGAUCGUUCCUUCAUCCUUUGACGUGCGGUUUUGCGCGAGGAGUUGCUUGGCAAGUGUCAGCGCAAGUAGACGCAGAUGAAAAUCUAAAGUGCGAAGAGAACGAGACGCGAAAGAAUUAUCUUGUGCGCUUGCUGCGAGAGAGAUAUGAUCGCUUUACUGUCAUAUUCCAAUGUUACAAGGAGAAUUUUACCGUUGACUUCAAGCGCUUUCAGUCAAUUUUUCCACCACUUCGCGAGAAAUUUAGUCGAUGGAAUCAUAGGAAGAUCGCAGAACGCAAUCAAUACACGACGAUGUUCAACAUCGAAGCUUGGAAUAAACUUUCCCCGGCGAUGCAAGCUAAACAUACAUUCCAAAAUUGUAAGCAAUGUCAGCUGAAAUACAAUCACAUACAAGUUUUAUUUCCUACCAAAUGCAAGAGGUUCACCGGCUUAAUGAAGGAGAAUAAUCCCAAAGUCGCGAACAAAGCCAUUAAAGUCCAACUGCCAAGUCAACCAGGGAGUACCACUCUCCGUGAAGCAGGUGAGACUGCAAAGUCCUUGUACGACCAGCUGAACCCCAUGUUUGAAAAGAUCACUGGACAUUCCCUUGUUAAAGCAUUGACCAAAGUAAAAGAUCUCAAUAUUGAGGAGAAGAAGUCUAAAGCUGAAAAAAAACGAACAGUAAGAAAUAAUUAUAGAAAAUUCAAGGAAGCAGUAGAAACAGAAUGGGAAAAUACAUCUUUUAUCAGGUAAAUGUGUGCAGGGCCGUACGCAGGAUUUUUUCACCAGGGGGGGGGGGGGCAGUAAGGCCUAAACGCCAAAAAAAGUCCAAAAUAUCCAAAGAAUAAUUAAUAAUGACAUUAUAAAUAUCGAAAAUAUAGUUUUUCUGGAGGGGGCAGUUGCCCCCCCUGCCCUCCUCCCCGGCGGUGUAUGGCCCUGAAUGUGUGGGUUAAUUUGGUCAUUAAAUAUUUGGGACAUGUAAUAUUGUAGGUUGAUAAGCCCCAAUGGACUGACAGCUACAUAGCCUGUAUACAGAAAUUAAUUAUUGGAAAAAUCUCAUUUCUCAAACUUAAGAUGAAUCACUGGGGUCACAGAGCCUCUCAUUAACCAUAACCUAUUAAGGCACAAUGCACCCUGGUACUCAACUUUGUUAUUUUAUUCUGUAUAUAAUGAUGUAUAGUGGAGUUUAUUUGACAAUUAGGGUCUCCUCUUGCACCUUAAUGGGUUAAUACAUUUGCCUGCAAUGAUAUGGACACAUCUAAUUAAUCAUAUAAAUAUAAUAUAGGACAAACUGCCUCAUUAUCAUUAAAAAACAACAUAUAAAACGAAAAAUAUUUCUAUUUUAUAGAUGCUUUGGAAAUAGGCAAUCACUAUCUGGGCGGCAAAGGGAAAGGUUGGCAAUGGCUUUUGAGAGCAAGGAAGAGGCUACUGAGCGAAGUAAUUUGGAGAAACUCCAAGAAAAGAAGAAAAAAAGUCCAGUUGGCAAGUUUGAUAAGAUGGAAUGGGACCAGGAGGCAAUGAAAGCUGAAGUUAUGGGCUAUGGUGAUGGGACAUUGGUAAAUUGGUCAGAAUUAGGACGGCGGUAUGGAAUUAAAAACAUCAAUGGAAACUUGGCACAAAAUGGUGGUCAAAUUGCUUUUGAAUGGCUGAAAUCAGAAGGAGUUGAUGUGAAGAGAUUUAAAAAAAGGCAAGCAGGAAAUGAUGCUGGAAAUAUCAGAAAAAGAUUAAAACAGUGUGCAGGUGGUGAAAUCACAGUGCCAUGUCCUGAAACUAACAAAAGUGUACAAGACAAAUUGAAGCAAAAGGUUUUGUCUGGUGAUAUUAAUGUUGGAGAAUUAAUUGUCCCAAGAAAGGUAAUUAUUAUUAAAUUUAUUUUAUUAAGUUUCACUGGUGAAAUGGAACAAUUUGCUUAAUUUGCAGUAAUUGAUAACUGCAUUCAGUGUUCCCAUUUUAAUAUUUAUAAGUUAAACUAAAUAAAUAUUAUAUAUUAAAUAUUAUAAGAACUGAUCAUCAGUGUGGGCACUACAAUUAUUAAAGUUAAUUACCGUAAAGUCUCGAAAGUAAGCGCCCCCUCGAAAGUAAGCGCCUUUUUCAACACUUCCUAGAGAAUCUGGAAAGUAAGCGCCCCCUCGAAAGUAAGCGCCCCCUCGAAAGUAAGCGCCCCCACCCACCCCCGAAAAAAGUUUUGUAAAGUUGUAAAACAUAGGGUAUAUAUUAUAAAAGAAACUCUCUAAACCAUAUGUACAGUAUACCAUAUAUACUCUAGCUAUAGCAUGGAUUUAAAAAUGGCCGAUAUGCUGAAAAUAACAACUCGAAAGUAGGCGCCCUUAGAAAGUAAGCGCCCCCUCAAAAGUAAGCGCCCCUUGAGGCCACUAAUUUCGAAAGUAAGCAGGGCGCUUACUUUCGAGACUUUACGGUAUAUAAUAAAUUAUUCCAGUAAGUUAAUAAUAAUAAUUAAAUUAUUUCUUUUCUAGUACGAGAAGCUAGUGCUCAAUGAUGAUGGUUCUGUCAAUAGGUCUGAAUUUUAUGUGGAAGGACGCAAAUGCCCCCUCAUUGAAAUUCGAAAGAGAAAGCUGUCAGAACUGGAAAGAUUCAUGAGAUUGAAUGCUGAGAAGGAUGUAGCCAGUAUGAGUGAGGAAGAAUGUUCUAAGAGAUUGACAAUGCUAAAUGAAGCAAAGGAUGGAGAGUGUGAAACCGAAAUGAAAGGACGGCUGCAGGAAAUGGAAAGAACACGGCACUUGAUGGUAUGGCAUGACCUCUCUACUGUGGCUAACCAUUCACACCUUGUGUUUAUGGCAACUUGUCUUUAUGAUCCAGCAACAUUUUACACCAGCAGUGAAUAUGAAGCUAUGACAGGAAGAAAGGUCAACAUUCAAUCUCUAGUUGAAUCCCCCAGCUUAUACAUAGUAGCAAGAUCCUCAUCCUCUGAUGCAGACCAGUUGUGCUAUGUUGAUACCAGACUGGAAUGUUUGGAGGAACUUUCUUCUGAAGUUAUAGCAACUGCUUCCGGUGAACCGCUCAUAGACAAGAUGAGGUUCUUCCAUGGCGACAGCCCUUCACGUCAAUAUGAAGCUGGUCAGCAAAAAGGAGGAAAUUACUACUGUGCUCUGUGUGGUGCAAGUGCUCACCGUGUGUAUGAGCUAGAUUAUGUGUUUCGUUGUCCACAUAUGUCUCUGGGUGAUCGACAGCAGUUGGUAUUAAAAGGCCCAUGUGGUAAGGUAAAUUCCUUAGCAAAAUCAAACAAACCCUUUCACGGACUGACAAAACCCAACUUAGUCAAGGAGUUAAACGCAAGAUCAAUCUUUGAUGGUGAUAAGAAGAAAGAGUUGGAAGAUCUACUGAAGGAGGAGUUGCAUGGAGUUCAGCGGGUGCCAGCAUUACUUUUCACCCGUCCCGACAAAACCUUAGAAUCGAUUAACUGUGCUAGUUAUGAAAUUCUAGGUUUUGAACCCCUUCAUGACAUUGGAAAGCACAUCGAAAAUUUAUUAACCGAGCUUCCUGACCACCUACCAACAAACGGAAGCUUCUAA